ACAUAUGUACAAAUGUAGAUGUGUCCUUAUUCUUUUUUCUUCCCAUAACCAGUACAGCUCUCCAGGCUGUUCUCCACUCAGCUGCACCCAUUAAACAAGACAUAUUGGAGAUUGUUCCAUUUCAUUGCAAAUAAUUCAACCCUGGAUAGUGUGCUAUUUAAUAUUGAUGUGUGAUAUUUUAUUUAGUGGGUCUACUAUUGAUGGAUAAAUAUUAAGGACGUUUCUACUCUUGUUAUUAUAAACAGUACUGCAAUGAAUAAUCUUAUAUACGAUUUUUGUGAACGUGUGAAGUGGAAUUGCUAGUAUAACAUUUUACAGCUAAUGUCAAAUAGUCUCCACAAAUGUUAACUAAUUUUUAGUCCUACUAAAAAUAUACAAAAGUGCCAGUUUCCCCCCGACUCUUGCCAGUACAGCAUUUUCAAAUGUUUUGAUCUUUAUCCUUCUAAAGGUUAAAAAGUUAUAUGUCAUCGUAGUUUUAUUUCACAUUUAAUGAGUGAGACUGAACAUCUCUUUAUGUUUUUAAAGGCCAUUUGUAUCUUCUGUUGUUUGUCAUUUGCCCAUUUUUCUAUAGGAUUAUGAAUUUCUUAUUGAUUUGGAAGACCUUUAUGCAUGCAAGGAAAGUAAUUCUUUACCUGUGAUAUGUAUUGGAAAUAUAUUUUCUCAGUGUGUUGCUUUUCUUAUGAUCUUGUUUGUUUUUUACCCUACUGAAUUUUUCUAUUUUUCUGAAGUCUUUUCUUUAAAUCUUUUAUUUCAAAACUUCUGAGUUUUGUGUCGUACUUCAAAAUGCAUUCUCCACUCAAAGAUUUAAAACAACAUUUUCCACUUUUUCUUCUAGUACUCUGAUUUCUUAAAAUAAUGUAGUUAUUUUUGAUUCAUCUGGAAUGUAUUUUUAUGUAAGAAAUGGGGUAAGGGGCUUCCCUGGUGGCGCAAUGGUUGAGAGUCCGCCUGCCGAUGCAGGGGACGCGGGUUCAUGCCCCGGUCUGGGGGGUCCCACAUGCCGCGGAGCAGCUGUGCCCGUGAGCCGUGGCUGCUGAGCCUGCGCGUUCGGAGCCUGUGCUCCGCGGCGGGAGAGGCCACAUUGGUGAGAGGCCGGCGUACCGCAAAAAAAAAAAAAAAAAAAAAAGAAAUGGGGUAAGGAUUCAACUUAUUUUUUCCCUCGAUGCCUCCUCAGUUGUCUUUUAAUAUUUAUUGAAUAAUCUAUUUUUUCCUUGGGUGAUUUAUUUUUAAACUACAAAACAAUAUUUAAAAUGAGAUAAAAAGAAAAACAAAUUACACGUUCAAAAAGCAGAUAAUUAUCACAAAUUCCAGAAAAAUAACACAAUGUUGUUUGUGUGUGAGUGUGUAUGUGUGUUCUGGUUAUUUAUUGCUAUAUUACAGACCACUUCAAAUCUUGGUGGCUUAAAACAAGAACAUUCCUUUUGCCCAUGAAUCUGCAGUCUGGACAGCACUCAGCAGGGAUGGCUUGGCUUUCACUGGGGUAACUGGAAAAGCUGGGAACUUGAAAAACCCAGCAUUUCUUUCUCUUUCUUCUUUUGGUCCCAGGGCCUCUCUAUGUGGUCUCUCCACCAGGCCUCUCCAGCAGGACAGCCUCGGGAUAGUUGGUCUUAUUUCAUGGCAACUGGGAUCCAAAAACAAGUGUUCCAAGAGAGACCCAGGCAAAAGCCAAAUGGCUUCUUAUUAUUAUCCAGGCUUGAGAGUCUGAGAACGUCACUUCCACCACAUUUUAUUGGUCGAGCAAGUCACUAAGGCCAGCCCAUAUUCCACAAUAUUUUAAAAAAAUAUUUAUUUUUUAAUUAAUUUAUUUUAUUUUAUUUUUGGCCGUGUUGGAUCUUAGUUGCAGCACGCGGGAUCUUCAUUGCGGCGCGCAGGCUUCUCUUUAGUUUUGGGUCACAGGCUCCAGAGCACGUGGGCUCUGUAGUUUGCAGCACGCGGGAUCUGUAGUUGAGGCGCUCGGGCUUAGUUGCCCCGCAGCAUGUGGGAUCUUAGUUCCCCGACCAGGGAUCAAACCUGUGUCCUCUGCAUUGGAAGGCGGAUUCUUUUUUUAAAAAAAUAAAUUUAUUUAUUUAUUUGUUUAUUUAUUUUUGGCUGUGCUGGGUCUUCACUGCUGCACGUGGACUUUCUCUAGUUGCAGCGAGCGGGGGCUACUCUUUGUUGCGGUGCGUGGGAUUCUCAUUGCAGUGGCUUCUCUUGUUGUGGAGGACGGGCUCUAGGCAUGUGGGCUUCAGCAGUUGUGGUACGUGGGCUCAGUAGUUGUGGCUCACAGGCUCUAGAGCGCAGGCUGAGUAGUUGUGGCGCACAGGCUUAGUGGCCCCAUGGCAUGUGGGAUCUUCCAGGACCAGGGGUGGAACCCGUGUCCCCUGCAUUGGCAGGCAGAUUCUUAACCACUGGACCAUCAGGGAAGUCCCAGAAGGCGGACUCUUAACCACUGGACCAUCAGGGAAGUCCUCACAAUAUUUUUAUUAAGCAUCUGCCUGUUGUUCCUCUAAAAUACCUAUUACUCGAGGGAGCCCGUCCGCAUUUAAAAUAUAUUGCUUAAACAUCCAGUAAAAUUCACUUUUUCUUUCUUGUCACAGUUCUAUGAGUUUAGACAAACGCAUAGAAUUCUGGAUGCAGCCACUACAUACAAGAUAGAGAACAGUCCCAUCACCCUCAAAGGUUCCCUCGUGUUGCCCCUUAGUAGGCAGAGCCCUCUCCUACCCUAGCCCCUGGCAACCACUGCUGUGUCCUCCACCCACACCCUCUCAGCCAAAAUCUUUGAGACUGGGCUCUCCACCUAGAGUGAUAAAGGUCCCCCAGGUGAUUCGGAUUUGAGUCAGGUCUCAGAACCGUUGCCCAAGGACAUUGCUUCUUAAGUGACAGGAACUUGCUCUGCACCCUUGGAAUAGAUUUUGUCUAGUGAGAGCUGUGAACGGUCAGAGGCCUCAGAUUACUAAUAGUAACAGCUAAUGUCUCUUGAGUGCUUAGUACGUGACAGGUCUGGGCUAAGCACAUUUGAUGCAUUAUCUCACUCUACACCACAGUUCCACAAGGUAAGUCUAUUCAAUAUUAUCUCCAUUUCACAGAUGAGGAAACUGAGGCUAGAGAUAGAGUAAUUUGUCUAAGAUCACACAGCCAGGAAAUGAUAGAGCCACGAAUUGGACCCAGGCAGGCUAAUUGCAGUGUCCAUGCUCCUUAUCCCUCUGCUAUAUUACCUUCCUCCCAAAAAGAGCAGUUACCUGCUCACACCACCCCCAGCCUGGGCAGUCACCCACGUUGGCUCUCACAUCCUCAGAAGCUUCUCCUAAUACAACUUCUUGUUUGGGAAAUAGGUGUUCCUGAAGCAGGGGUGAUUCAGGAGGGGCGAAGGGGGUAGAAUGCUGAGUGAGCCCAGCCACAGGGAGAGCAGGGUAGAGGCCUGGACUGGGGUAGGGGUGCUGGGAGACCUCCACCUGUUUCUUUCUGGCUGACAACACCUUUCCUCCCCGUGCACUGGACACAGCCUCCUCUGUUUCUCUCCAUCUGAUUUCCUGUUUCCUCCUCUGGCUUCGGAGUACCUGGCUCCCCUGACUACCUCUUCUUAAGCUCCAACCUGUUCUCUGUCUCACCUCAGCUUGGCCUCCGGAACGCCCCCCGCUGCUGGGCAGUGAUCCAGCCCCUGCUGUGUGCUGUGUACAUGCCAAAGUGUGAGAACAACCGGGUGGAACUGCCCAGCCGCACCCUCUGCCAGGCCACCCGUGGCCCCUGUGCCAUCGUGGAGAGGGAGCGGGGCUGGCCCGACUUUCUGCGCUGCACCCCCGACCACUUCCCCGAGGGCUGCCCGAAUGAGGUGCAGAACAUCAAGUUCAACAGUUCGGGCCAAUGUGAGGCUCCCUUGGUUCGGACUGACAACCCCAAGAGCUGGUACGAGGACGUGGAGGGCUGUGGGAUCCAGUGCCAGAACCCGCUCUUCACCGAGGCCGAGCACCAGGACAUGCACAGCUACAUCGCGGCCUUCGGGGCUGUCACGGGCCUCUGCACUCUCUUCACCCUGGCCACAUUUGUGGCUGACUGGCGGAAUUCCAAUCGUUACCCUGCUGUCAUUCUCUUCUACGUCAACGCGUGUUUCUUCGUGGGCAGCAUUGGCUGGCUGGCCCAGUUCAUGGACGGCGCCCGCCGGGAGAUCGUCUGCCGCGCUGAUGGCACCAUGAGGCUUGGGGAGCCCACCUCCAACGAGACCCUGUCCUGCGUCAUCAUCUUCGUCAUCGUGUACUAUGCCCUGAUGGCCGGUGUCGUCUGGUUUGUGGUCCUCACCUAUGCCUGGCACACCUCCUUCAAAGCCCUGGGGACCACCUACCAGCCUCUCUCGGGCAAGACCUCCUACUUCCACCUCCUCACCUGGUCGCUCCCCUUUGUCCUCACUGUGGCAAUCCUCGCCGUGGCCCAGGUGGAUGGGGACUCUGUGAGCGGCAUCUGUUUUGUGGGCUAUAAGAACUACCGAUACCGUGCUGGCUUCGUGCUGGCCCCAAUCGGCCUGGUGCUCAUUGUGGGAGGUUACUUCCUCAUCCGAGGAGUCAUGACCCUGUUCUCCAUCAAGAGCAACCACCCUGGGCUGCUGAGCGAGAAGGCAGCCAGCAAGAUCAACGAGACCAUGCUGCGCCUGGGCAUUUUUGGCUUCCUGGCCUUUGGCUUUGUGCUCAUCACCUUCAGCUGCCACUUCUACGACUUCUUCAACCAGGCUGAGUGGGAGCGCAGCUUCCGGGACUACGUGCUGUGCCAGGCCAAUGUGACCAUUGGGCUGCCCACCAAGAAACCCAUCCCCGACUGUGAGAUCAAGAAUCGCCCUAGCCUCCUGGUGGAGAAGAUCAACCUAUUUGCCAUGUUUGGAACCGGCAUUGCCAUGAGCACCUGGGUCUGGACCAAGGCCACGCUGCUCAUCUGGAGGCGCACCUGGUGCAGGUUGACGGGGCAGAGUGACGAUGAGCCCAAACGGAUCAAGAAGAGCAAGAUGAUCGCCAAGGCCUUCUCCAAGCGGCGCGAGCUGCUGCAGAACCCAGGCCAGGAGCUCUCCUUCAGCAUGCACACUGUCUCCCACGACGGGCCUGUGGCGGGUUUGGCCUUUGACCUUAAUGAGCCCUCGGCCGAUGUGUCCUCUGCCUGGGCCCAGCAUGUCACCAAGAUGGUGGCCCGGAGAGGAGCCAUACUGCCCCAGGAUGUGUCUGUCACCCCUGUGGCAACUCCAGUACCCCCGGAGGAAAAAGCCAACCUGUGGCUGGUUGAGGCAGAGAUCUCCCCAGAGCUGGAGAAGCGCCUGGGCCGGAGGAAGAAGCGGAGGAAGAGGAAGAAGGAGGUGUGCCCGCUGGUGUCGCCCCCUGAGCUCCACCACCCCGCCCCGGGCCCUGCCCCUGCCUCCAGUGCUGUCCCUCGACUGCCCCAGCUGCCCCGGCAGAAGUGCCUGGUGGCCGCGGGUGCCUGGGGAGCUGGGGAAACCUACCGACAGGGAGCCUGGACCCUGGUCUCCAACCCCUUCUGCCCAGAGCCCAGUGCCACAGCCCCCAUGGCCUGGGCGCAGGGCCGACGGCAGGGGCUGGGGCCCAUUCACUCCCGCACCAACCUGAUGGAGGCAGAACUCAUGGACGCAGACUCGGACUUCUGAGCCUGGAGAGCAGGACCUGGGACAAGAAGGAGGAACAAAUACCGUUCGGAGGCUCUUCUUCCUGCCUGAGAGUGCUUCUCCAGGGUCUCCUCUUCCCGAGAACCUGAGGGCCCAGUGCCCUCCCGGGAGAGCUCAGUAUGUCUGGCUCACGGCAGCAGGACUGUGGGAAAGAGCCCUGACAUCUCCACGGACAGGCCUUACCCGGGGCGGGGCCCUGGAGCUCAGGGUCCUUGUUUCUGCCCCACCUGGCUGGCAGCGUCAGUCUCCAGUGGGGGUCAUGGGGUAUGCAGAGCUCGUGGUGGGCAGUAAAGGUGCAGGCAGGGGUGACGGUACUCAGAGUGGGCUGUGGUGACCAGCAAGGCAGGCUGCCCUUUUCGGUGCCACUGGGUGCCCUUCCCCGGCACUCUCAGGCCAAAAGUGUUGCUUGUGUCAUUAGCCCUUUGUCCAUGGGAGGACAGAGCUCCUUUCCCCCUCUUCAGGGUGGUUGCGAGGCUGGGAGUGCUUACUCCCAAAGGGCCUGUAACCUUUCUUUAUAAAAGUGUCCAGCUGGCUCCACUCCAGGCCACUAAGCCACCCUGGGUUUUCCUGCACCCUUCUUCCCCUUUCCCAUUUCAGUUCAACCAGGCCAACCUCUUCCCGUUUCCUGUUUGUUGAUUAGGAGCCAGCAUCGCAGCAUUGUCUGUCCUGCCCCCAAACCCCACCCCUUUGCUGCUGGGCUCCAUCUCCAGGUGAGAGAUUGAUUCAGCUAUGGAGCCUGGCGCGGCAUAGAAGCAGUGAGUGACGGGGAGCCUCUGGGCCUCCAAGAGAUGCAUGUUAUCUUUUCCUGUAUCUGUCCAGUGGGGGAUGGAUCCUCUGACUUGAGGGGCUCCCCUGGGAAGCUGCUGACACUUCAGCCAGGCAGAAAAGCUUCCUUCAACUUCCACAACCAGUGGGUGAAGAAGUUCCCACCUCCCAUAACCCCCAUCCGAGGCCCCAGUUUCGAGAACCAGACAGCAGGAAGCCUUAGCAGCUGGCUGGGUUCCAGAUCAGGGGGUAGGGAUAGGGAGACAAAAUAUAAACAGUAAAUAAAAGGUUUUUGUAUAAA